UCUGUAUCACACUUCACAACAUGUGGAUACUACCUCUUGUCGGUUACAUAGGCAUUAUCCUCGGUUUUGCCUUCCUCACACUAGCCAUAGCCUCCGGCCUAUACUACCUCUCGGAGCUCGUCGAAGAGCACACCGUCCUCGCAAAGAAACUCCUCACGCGCCUUAUAUACGGCAUCAUUGCGCUCCAGCUCUUCCUACUCUUCGAUGGCUUCCCGCCAGGCUUGAGCGCAUUGAGUAUUGUGUCGCACGGCAUAUACGCGCAGAACCUCCGCAGAUUCCCAAUCGUGAAGUUGACGGAUCCGCUGUUUCUGCUAUCUUGCGGUCUCGUCAUCGCUAAUCACUACCUCUGGUUCCGCCACUUCUCCGCCCCACCCCCGCAAUCCCGGUCCUCAUACCCGUACGCCCGUGACCCCUCCAUCCCGACGUUCACGGAAAUUGCAUCCUACUUCGGACUCUGCGUGUGGUUAGUGCCAUUCGCGCUCUUCGUCUCUCUAUCUGCGGGCGAGAAUGUACUGCCGACUAUGGGCUCGGAGUAUGCGACGGGUGAAGGAAGCAGUUUCAUAAGCCCGGGGAAAGAGCCGGCUGGGGUGGGAGCGGGAGUGUCGUCUGGAAUGUUGGGGGGGUCGGGUAGAAAGAGGCAGAGGAGUGGAACGAAUGCGGGGAUGGCAAAGGCGAUGGUGAAUGGGGUGAGAGAGUGGGUUGGGGAGACUGGCGAGGUUAUGGGGUUUUGGAAGGGGGAGAGGACGAGGCAUACUUUUUAG